AUAUGUAAUUCUUAUUUGAUAUUCGCCCUUAGGUAGACUAACUGUUUUUGCAAGCAUUGUUGUGCAAAAUAUGAGUUUCAUUAUCACCAUCUGCUCCCUAUGCUUCAGCCCAUUUCCACAAGCAAAGAAAAUCGUUAACAGUGCUGCCAAGUCCUUCAUUAAAUUUCCGCGCUUAGUUUACCGCUACUUUUUUGACGUUUCCGUUCAUUUCUUUGUGUGCAGUCAAUUAAUUAGGAUGGAAAUUAAAAAUUCUGCAGAUAUUCGUAUCCUUUUCAAAAAAAUUGCACACUUUUAUUCUAACAACGGUUUACUUAAUAUAUCUUUCACGCAGCACCGCCAUUCGGUCGAAUAUUCGAGCAUUACAAAAGUUUCAAUGCGGUACAAUCGUCCCUUUUAAAUGUGUUGCUACACACCAACACGUCGGUGGUACUUAGCGCACCCACUGGUUCUGGCAAGACUGUAGCCUUUGAGUUAGCCAUCGUGCGUAUGUUGCUCGAUUAUCUACAUGGCACCAACAGCGCUCAGGAGCAUUCCACUAGAGUAAUACCAAUCAAAGCGGUGUAUGUGGCACCAAUUAAGGCACUUUGUGCUGAACGAUUUAAUGAUUGGAAGUCGCGUUUUGAAAAGUUAGACAUAGACUGUGUACUCAUAACAGGCGAUAGUGAUUUGGAUGAACUGGCACGUUUACGCAGUGCUCAAGUGAUUAUCACUACACCAGAAAAAUGGGAUUCGUUAACACGUCAUUGGCGUGAUUGUCGUGAUGUUAUCAGCUCUAUACAGCUUUUUCUCAUAGACGAAGUGCAUUUGUUAAACGAAGAUGUGCGUGGCCCAGUGUUAGAGGCUAUAGUAUCGCGUAUGCAUACUAUUGCACGUGAUGUUUUGAAUAAACCGUUGCGUUUUGUUGUUGCUUCAGCCACUAUACCAAAUGUACAUGACAUAACUUGCUGGAUUACAGGCAUUGUUGACAACAGAAACUGUAAUAACAGCGGCAACAAGAUUAAACAAGGAAAUGUCGCCGAGUUGGUUUACUCAGAUGCAGAUCGCCCUGUCCCAUUGGAGAAACAUGUGCUGGGCUUUAAUUGGAGUUUACGUGGUUUUAAAUUUGAUAUGAGUCUCAAUUAUAAGUUAAUGGAUAUAUUGCGCAAAUAUUCCGAGUGUAAAGCUACUUUGAUUUUUUGCAAUAGUCGAAAAUCUGCUGAAAUGGCGGCAACAGUUUUAGAGAAAAACAUUACCUCAUAUUUCGCACUCAGUGAUCAACAGAAGACAAACCUUACACAACUCGCACAAGACUUGCACGACAAUAAACUGCACAAAUUGAUUGCACAUGGCAUCGCUUACCAUCAUGCCGGCAUGAGUUUUAGUGAUCGUAACAAAGUUGAGGAGAGCUUCCGUCAGGGUAACUUAAUGGUUUUGCUCUGCACCAACACUUUGGCAAUGGGUGUCAAUUUGCCCGCACGCCUUGUGGUCAUCAAGUCAACUGAGUAUUAUCACCUUGGUAAUAUGAUGGAAUAUCCAGAGAGUACUUUGUUACAAAUGAUUGGACGUGCUGGACGACCACAAUACGAUACAAAAGGUGUCGCUGUCAUUUUGACGCAUAUGAGGAAUGUGCACAAAUAUGAAACUUUGAUGAAUGGCACAAUGCCAAUCGAGUCACAUUUACACAAACACCUGGCUGAACAUCUCAAUUCGGAAAUCGCUUUGGGUACUAUAAAUAAUCUGGAAGUAGCGAUGCAAUGGAUGCGUUCUACUUACUUCUACGUGCGAUCAAUGCAAAAUCCCUCAUAUUAUGGAUUAGAAGAAAACAAAGAUAAGGAUAUUAUUGAGCACAAACUGGAAAAGCUGUGUUUAGUGCAAAUAAAAGAGCUUCAAAAUGCUGGUCUCAUCUCUAGAAACCCACAAAAUGAAUUAGAUGUGCAGACCACCAAUUAUGGCAAAUUAAUGGCUAAAUAUUACUUAUGCUUCGAGACCAUGAAGCUUUUUCGGCAGAUUCGAGGUGAUGAAUCUUUUUUAAAAAUGUUUGAUCUAAUUGUGCGCUGCAGAGAAUUCAGUGAUUUUACACUAAGAGUUAAUGAGAAGCGUUUGCUGAACGCGCUAAAUGAUACGCCAUUAAGAUUUCCCCGCCCUGGGCGUAUCAAAACACGUGAGGAUAAAAUAUCAUGCUUGUUGCAAGCGAUGCUUGGAAAUAUACCGAUCGCCUCCCCGACUUUGGCACAGGAAUCGUUGAAAAUGUUACGCAUCGGUGAUCGCAUUGCUAAAUGUCUAGUGGAGUAUAUGCGCUUGUCGGAGCAUCAAGCGCAUGCAUUGCAUUUGGGCCGCUACAAGGCGCUAUUGCAUACCGUGACAAUCGCGAAAUGCUUCCACGCCAAGUUGUGGGAAAACUCGGAGUAUGCAGCGAAACAAUUGCAGAAAAUCGGUGCCGUUUACUCAGCUCAGCUGGUGUGUGCUGGGAAAACUACAUUGAAAUCAUUGGGAGCGACAGACGCGCGCACCAUUGAAGCGAUACUGAACAAAUCAUAUCCCUUUGGCGAUGAGAUAUUGCAAAAUUUGCAACAAACAUUCCCUGAAUAUUCCCUACAAUUGACGCGAGAUUCACAAAGUCUGGUGCGCGUCUGUGUGCGACAAGUUAAUGAGGCUUACAUUUGCCGUGGCAUAAAUGCCUUGCUUAUUGUUGGUGAUUCCGAGAAUCAGCUGCUGCUCUUCAUUGAAGAUCUCGAUUCAUUGCUCUUGGAGUACGGUUGUUUUAUGAAAACCAUUAAAUUACCAAAUCCUGAUGUUGAGCAGCUGUAUGCACAUGUAAUUCAUGCCACAUUAGUUGGCGCUGAUGUACACGAGACACUGAUUUUGAACGAACGUGUCAUGGAAACCACAAUUGUAUCAAAUUCAAAAAAGCCUAAAAAACGAAAGCAACAAACAGUGGUAACUGCGAAAUGCAACAAAAAAGUAAAACCAAACUUAUCCAACACAAUUAAUACAAUUUGCGAUACAACGACCGACAGCACAGUGGCAAACAAAAGUAAACAUCUCCUCAAUUUAAAAAGCUUUACUUUUUCGAAAUCAAAACUUAGUAACGACACCAUUAAAUUGAAGGCCGUUAAAAUGAAACAAUGCUUUCCACAGAGUAAAAUGAAUUGCGAAAAGUAUCUCAAUAUAACGGAUACUACCGUAAAUGAAGAAUCAUUUAAUACUACAGCUAAACAAUCGAAUAACAAUUCAACGCUCGUGCAAAGUAAAUUAACGCAAUAUUUCACACAAAGGAAGCAUAUAAAGGAUAAAUCGUUAACUAUGCUAACAGUGCGAAGUGCUGAUGAAUGUGACACUUCAACGGCAGUUAACCACAUGCAAGAUAAGUCCGAAGUAAUACUAGAUAGAACAGCAGAUACGACUUUGUUAACAUACCAGAAACUUCUAGAGCAACGUGAUCUCGAUUUUGACAAAUUAAAGGAAAGCCAAAAUAAACAAGAAUAUGAACAAAAUUUAAUAGCUAACAAUAAUGCACCAGAUCAGAAAAUGUCGGACACAGUAGAAAUUACAAAGCCUGGUGUUGAAGAGUGUGCUAAACUACCAGUUAACGAAGCAGAACCAAAAAAUGAACCGACACCUAUAAUGCAGCCUUCCCUUCGUGCAACAACCCCAGAAUUACACGAACUUUCUGCGUUCUUGGAUACUCAGAAAUCAAGGCAAUCUAACGAAGAAACACAAAAGUCGAAAAACGCUGAGUAUCUUGAAAUUUUGACAAACGGUCCAAUAGCAGAUUGCAGUAUUAUAAAUGGUACACAAAAUUAUAUGCUGCUAAGCACACAAAACUCGAGAUCUAGUAGUGAAAAAGUGCAAAAUAAUGACCCCGUUAAAAGUACGGAAAAUCCAACACUACGAAAAGCACCAAGUUUAUUUCUCGGCAUUUCGAGAAGUAAUGACGAAUCUUCCAGCUUUUUCGGCAAGCAAAAAAAUAAAACAAACAAUGCAUUCGACUCCUCAGUGUUAAAUACAAGAAUAUUUAACUGCGGCAUCUCCAAUAUGAUGCAAAAAGAAUUCGUCAAAAGUAAGGCUAUGCCAACUAAUAACGAAAAGCCUUUAGAUCUAACAAGGAAAUCCAAUUAUUCAAAUAGCCCUUAUAAAAAGAAUACCAAACAUUUAAAAGCUACCAAGUCAACACUAAUUUCUCAACAUAUGCCGAACACAGACACUGUUAAAAGCGCAAAGAUCCCACGCGCUCAUCUGCAGUAUCCAGACGAAGACAUCGGCGUCCUAGAUCUGUCACGCAGGUCUGAAACUAAUAUGAAUAUGUCGUGGUGCAACAGCAAAGCAGUAGACGAAGUGUCUGCUGGUAGCAUAGCGCUGACCAGCAAAAGUUCCGAAGUUCCACUAAGGAACAGUCAAAAAAGUAUUGAGAAUUACAUACUUUGUUAUAAAGUAGCUACCGCCUAUGCGCGUCUCAGUGAAAAAGAACGUACAAUCGAGAAUUUUAAAACCCUUUACAAACGUGUGUGGCGCACCAAUUCCGCUAUAGAUUAUAUAACCUAUAAAUUGAGCCACAGUAGCAUCAGUAAUGAUGAGGAGCCGAAGACAGUGUCAGUGCAGAAAUCUGUUACCAGACACAAUCCCAUAAUGGAAAAUUCUUUAAAAAAAAGUGAAGUACCCUUAAACAUGUCUAAAAAGAUGAUUGUGGAAAAACAAGUGAAACAUGUGCUUAAUAGUGACAAUGUCAAACCAACCGCACCGGUAUUACGGUCCAAAUUUACAAAAAUAAAAAAUAACGAAGAAAAAAUGUGCCCGAAACUUUCGAACAGGUCUAAAAGGCAAGAUACGUCGUCUAAGUUUCCAAAUCGUUAUCGUUUGCAGUUGAAUGAAGUGAAUAGUGAAGCGAAGAACGCUCAACAUAUUAACAAUGAGGUGAUGCAUUUAGUGCUCAACAUGAAGUGUAACGCUAUUGUCGCUGAAGAAACAUAUCAACCUCUGCCGGAUUACAAAGCAAUCGAACAAGAUGUAGAACUCAAUGAAACGCAGAGUUUGCCGAGUAUGUCAUUCGAGGAAUAUUGCAGCUAUGUACUUCAAACACCGACUAAGUAGUAAGUUAUGCAAUACUUUUUUAAUUUCAAUGCUGUUAUAUAUUCAUAUUAUGUACUUGUGUACCCUUUACGAAAAAUAAUGAUAACACAAUUUGAAUUGUAACUUUGCAUUUUUAUAUAUUUAUUUUCGUUUCAUUUAAAAUACCA